AUGGAUAACCCUGCAUCUCAGAGCUCCAGACGACGCCGGUCUAUCAGAAUUUCUAUACUCUGCCCUCAAGAAAGCGAAGCACACUCGAUCAUUGCGCUUUUCGAUGAGCAUCAUACCGACGAAUCAUACGGGCGUACCUUUGGUGAUGAUCCCAAUCAGUAUUCAAUAGGUACUAUAGCAGGGCGCGAUGUUGUGGUCGCCUAUCGUCCUGGCGCUGACCAAUCCCUGUCUGGGGACAUCGCGAAAUGGUGCCGCAAAAGCUUUAUCAAUGUCCAUCUAGCAUUGGUGGUUGGUAUUUGCAGUGGGUUACAUAACUAUAUUGGCAGCGAUACUCUCGCUGGCGAUGUUAUCAUCGCCGUUCGCCUCAUGCAUUAUGAUCAAGAACGGGAUAGGCACAGCAUCAUAGGUACCUUACCAAAGGGUGGCAAAGGAAGGGAAGUGCUCGAGAUGAGGUAUCUCCUGCAAAAGCAAAAACAAUACAAAUCGAAAGGCGCCACUAAGGAUCCCGCUCGGUCUGAAGAUGUUCAACCUGGAGCUGCGGAAGGCAAUCCGAACGAAAGAACAAGCCCAAAAGUGUACUACGCAAGUCUCACUUCAGGCAGUAUAUAUAUGAACCCCAAAGCCCUUCAAUUGGCGCAGCAGAUGGGAGUCCUUGGAGUUGACGUAGGAAGUCUCGAUGUAUCGAAGGUGUUUCCUUGUGUCGUUAUCAAAGGCAUCUCCAACUAUGGCGACGGCAAUCAGAAAGCUGAGUGGCUAGACAAUGCAAGGAAGUCGGCAGUAGCUUCCACGAGGGCUCUUCUUGAGAAUUGGAACAAGAUGUUGCGGGCUGGCAAAUCCGAACGCAACUAUCUAUUAAAAGUUCUGCACUUUCCUGGUUUGGACGACCGGGAAAACGAGAUUCUUGAACAGUAUCCAGACGCAUUCGCAUGGAUGCAACAUGGAGAUCCCGAAGAGGAUACCGAGAUUAGCGAAGCCCAAGAGAAUCGACGAAAAGAAUGGUAUAAAUUAAGAGGGUGGGUGGCAUCGGAUGAACCAAUCUAUUGGAUUGCCGGUAACGCAGGAUCGGGCAAGAGUAGCUUCUUGGCACGUCUUCUUGAGAAGUGGCCUUCAGACAUCAAUAUCGUCUCUCAUUUCUUCUGGGAGCCUGGCACCGGCGAUAUUUUGCGCGAGAAAAUGCGGGCAAAGCCAGGCGAGGUAUUGGAUGAUUGGGACGAGAAGAAGCUGGAGUCUAUACUCUUACACUAUCGCGACAAUGCAUUCCGGAAGCUCUACAUCAUGAUCGAUGGUCUAGAUGAAGUUGCUGCAGGGGACAUGACAAAAUUGCUUCGUUUUAUCAACUUAUCGGCCACGUCAGAAUUCAAGUUCUGCGUGUUGAGCUCUAUGAAUGAGGAUAUUCUGCAACGACUUCAAGCACAUUGUGUGCUCGACAUGCACGAGCUUUCAGGGCCUGACAUAGAAGCCAUUGCAAAGAAUACCUUGGAAAAAGUGGCGACAGACAAGCGUUCAGGUUUCAAAAUGGACGAUCUGGUACUGGACAUAGCAGAAAAAGCGGAGGGCGUAUUUCUAUGGGGUCUGAUGGCUUCCAGAUCAACGAUGCGAGACCUGAACGAUGGAGAUUCGCACGACGAUAUCAUAGAAGAGCUCUUCAGGAUGCCCGAGGGUAUGGAGGGUCUAUGGACUUACAUCAAAAAACAAAACGCCAUCAACGGCGCACUCUUUGACAAAUACCUCUCCAUAACACUCGACUUACUCUUCAAUCACCGCAACAAAGUCACGGUCUUCGAAGUCAUGAUGGCCGUGAAGCCCAAACUACUCGAGGACUACAUUUUCAAGAAGAAACCAGUAUCUGAAGCCGACUUAAAUACUAAAGCGGGAAAGGAUCUUUGGAAGUCAUCCAGACUGCCAGAGAAAGACAUGCGCAUCCUCGACUGGAAGCUUCGUCUGGCCACAUGUCGAUUUUAUCCCAGCAAAAAGCCAGUAGACUCAGAUUCGAGUCGGCUACUUGGCUUGCUGGAACAAUGGGAAGAUGAUUAUCCUCCACAGCUAAUCAAAGAACUCAUUGAGAUGACAUGGAGACAGGUAUCGCAGGAUAAUCUACCAUCAGUGGUAGAACCGGAAAGCAACAUGAUGCCCUACCCCCGAUCCAAGAAAGCCAUGUUUCUUAUGGAAUUGGCCAACCUGCACCGCUAUGACUCUGUAUGCGAUGCCGUACGUACUCUCAACGACAGCGAUGAGCAUGAUACCAUGUAUUGUGUCUUUUACCACAUGUGCACCAGCUACAGUCUCGAAAACAAAGACAAAGCACUGGAUUGCAUCUUCAAUAUCCUGAACAAGGGAUACAAACCAGAUUGGAAUAUAGCCCAGAACACAACGGCAGGCUGUUUUGGGACUCCGUGGGUACAAUUUCUCUUGGUUAUCAUCAAUCUCCCCAGGUCAGCGGACAAGUCCAAAGAUACAUCGAUCAGCCAUUGGGUAUCACUCUUUAUAAAACUUUUCCUCGACCGUGGUGCCAGCUUGGAGAUGAGACUUCCGGUUGUGUUUUGGCCGGGCGUAGGGCCCUUUACUGGAAAAUAUGCCAGAUCCUUUUAUGGGAUUAACCUGAGUAAAUCUCGAUACUUGUAUAUUGAGAUGAACGUCAAGGCGUUGAUUGAACUUAUUGCGAGUUUGAGAAAGCAAUCUGGUUCCUCAAUCCAUCGCGGGUAUACGCUCCCUAACGUGCAGUCAUACAUGAGGGUUGUCGGAUUCAAGGCUGGGGCAGAUGAGGAGAUUUCCCUAGUGACGUACGAGACAGACUCGGAUUUGUUGGUGGAAGCGGUGAGAAAGAUGUGUGAUGUUGAGUCGGAGGAUGACGGUGAGAGCAGGAACCAAAUGUGGGAGAGAGCAGAUGCUUGCACGAGGCUGAUGGAGAAGUUGGCGAAUGAGUGUCCCGCAGCAACGGAGGAGUUGUGCUGGAAAGGGACACCAUGGAGGAUGUAUACGUAG